CAGAAAUAGGAUAAAUUCGUUUUAAGCAUGAUUUUCUCUGUCUUGCUGCUACUGGUCAUUUUGGAGCCUUCAUUUUCCGAAGGAUGUGGUAUGCGUCCUCACUUCGGGCGGGUAAUCAACGGUGAGGAUGCCAGUCCUCAUUCCUGGCCCUGGCAGAUUUCUCUCCGUAACUCUCGAGGGGGACAUAUCUGUGGUGGAUCCCUAAUCAGACCAGACUGGGUCUUGACUGCAGCUCACUGUGUGGACAGAAAUCCAGAUCCAAAUGCAUACACAGUGGUUGUGGGUGCUCAUAUGCGAACUGGAAUGACGGAUGUUCAACAGACGUUUCGAGUGAAGGCACUUUACAAACACAGUGGUUUUACCAUGAGGGAGCUCAAACACGACAUUGCCCUGUUACAGUUAGAAAAGAAUGCACAGUUAAGCGAAAAAGUUACUACUGUCUGUCUCCCGGACAAAGACGCAGACUUGAACUCCAACUGUUACAUAACAGGUUGGGGCCGCACUCAUUUUGGAUCAGCAAACACCCUUCAACAAGCCAAGCUUCCACUUGUGUCGCACAGCGAUUGUAGGAAGAUUUGGCGCACACUUGAUAGGAGUGCUCACUUGUGCGCUGGAGAGGGACGUGCCGGUGCUUCAGGAGGGUGUCAUGGGGACAGCGGGGGUCCACUUGUUUGCGAGAUGGGAGAAAAGUGGUACCUACAUGGUGCGGUCAGUUUUGGGAUGCGUGGAUGCCCAACAACCCAUUAUACGGUCUUCACAAGGAUUACCAGCUACAUCUCCUGGAUAAACGAGAAAAUGGGGGAAGAUACAGGAGGACCAAAUCCACCACCACCACCCCCACGGACACCAGGCCCUCCCCCACCAGUUGCCACUACAAGACCACUACGUCCGCCAAAGCCUGGUUGCAAGGACAAAUGGGGCGAAGAUUAUUGUCGUAAUCAUCGUCAUCUCUGCGGUUCAAUGCCAUUUUUGAAGAAUUAUUGCAAACGAACUUGCGGAGUGUGUUGAGAAGAACGGAAGAAAGUCUGGGGAAGUAUGAAGACUUCCAAUGAAGCGAAUUUAUGACAAUAAACCUAAAGCAAAUUCUGAUGAAUGUAAUACGUAGUCACUCAAUGAUGUAAUCCUGUUUAUCCAUUUAUUCAAAUCAACGUUGAAAAUAUUAAAGUACUCCAACAUGCAAAAAAUCUAUACUGUGUAAAAAAAAACAGACAGAAAAAUAAACAACAAUAACA